AUGGCUAGAGCCUCCAACUUGAGCCGAAGACGGCUCAAGCAUUUCGUUCAUCUAUCCAAACACAAGUACCGCCCACAACGCAAGGCAUUGAAAGCCCUGUUCAAGCAAGACACGUAUCGAAUCGAGCCCGAUGCCAAGGUGACAGACAAAUCCAUAUUCAAAUACUGGAAAAAUAGACAUCGGUUGUUUUCCAAAAUGCAAACCCAUGACCUGUACAUGACCCGAGAGCUGUGGUUUAGCGUUACUCCCGAAAUAGUGGCCAAAUUUGCUGCCAGAUUCAUCAAAAGCUGUCUACCCGAUGCCCAAGUCAUUCUGGAUGUCUAUUGUGGUGGUGGAGGCAACACCAUCCAGUUUGCACAAUAUUUCCAAAAAGUCUACGGCGUGGAUAAUUCUUUGGAGCACUUGUACUGCACAUAUCGCAAUGCUCAAGCGUACAGCGUGGAAGAUCGAGUAUGGCUGAAAUAUGGCGACUGGCCAACGUUGAGCCGGAAAAACCGGUUUGAAAAGCUUCAAAUCGACUGUAUCUUCUCGUCACCGCCCUGGGGCGGUCCGCAGUACUUGAAAAGCGAGGUUUACGACUUGGAAGCCGCAUUACAGCCCCAGGGCCUUCGAGAGACGCUACAAGGUUUCUUGCGAGUGAGUGAAAACGUUGUGUUGUUUCUGCCGCGCAACUCGGAUCUGGGACAAGUGUCGCAAGUGACUCGUGAGAUUUUGGGCGACGAGGCCCGUUGCAAGGUUCUUUAUGUCAAGGACAACGGAUUUCUAAAAGGAAUCCUCUGUUUCUGGGGUGAGAAGUUCUACAACUAUGCUUGUCAAACGGCACCAGAAGAUCCAACGACUGUAUCGUCGACUAUUGACUACGAUAUCGACGGCUAG